AUGUCUGGAAUCGAAGUGGUCUUCGGAGGUUUGCAGAUGAAUAGUCGGAACGGGUACUAACCAAAUAGGCUGAUUUUCAGAAAUUGGUGAACACGAUUCUGUCCAAUACGAAGGAUCAUGCAGCGUAAGUUGGAUAUAUCGAUUUUUUAAUUUCUCAAGUAAAUAAAACACACUUUUGAUCUGUCUUCUGCGCGGAAAAACAAAAAGCAACAUUCAAAAAGUCUGGCGGUCUGAUUGCAAAGUUCGAAUUGAUCUCCGAUGUGUUCUCCCGCCGCCAAAAAAGUCUUAUUUUUCAGUUUGAGACCGAUUCCGAAUGUUUUCGCAUGAUGGCAGACAGUUUGCCAUCGGACGGGCCACUAAGCGCCGUGAUGGAGUCAAUGCGGAAAGGCGAAAUAACCGGAGCCCUUUCGAGCACCGCGACGACGGUUUCGUCGACGAUGGCGUCGCAGUGGAUCAGUCAUAUGAAGAAGAGUUUCAAGAAACGGCCGAUCGUUCUAUCCGAGGAGCAGCAGUUGAGCAUACUGCGCGUGUGCGGAGUGCGUUUUUCUCCGUUCGCAAUUAACAAAUUCAAGUUCAAAUGCUCUUUCAGCGCCCGCCAGAGCUGUUCCACCUACUUUCACCCAAGGAUGAGCCCCUUCAUGAGAUUUUGCAGCUCUACCAUCGAGGACUCGAGGCUCAUCACGACGGUCGUUACCGCGAAGGAUUCGAACUUUUGCGGCCGUGCAUUCCCUACUUGAAUACCAACAUUCUCAUAUGGAUCCGUGUCUCGGAAGCUCUCGUAUAUGAGUUUUAUGAGGUAUGCGCCCCUGGGAAACGAUCUCUAAACGACUGGAUUUGCAGGAAACGUGGGAGUUCACCGACAUCUACGCGCGGCUUUUCGCCAAUCAUCCUCGUAUUUACCGCUCUUCGGAGCAGCGAAGAAACAACGAGUUGCGACCGCGCCACGACGACAUGAACUUGCGAUUCGCCGAAGCAGCAUUACUUCUUACGUUCGUACUGUCGAAAAAUUCGCAUCGGGAGCCGGUGCAUUUCGCGGCCGCCACCCUUUAUUCGUUCCUGCUUCUCAAAAUGAAAAGAUACACGUGAGUGUGAUGACUCAAAAAUUCAGCUAUCAUUCCAUUCAAUUUUCAGAGAAGCGAUUGAAACCAUCGACUACAUAGUAGAAAUAUACGACAAAUCGACAGAGUGGCAGGACGAAUACACCAUUCUCCUCACCUACAAGGCCGAGGCGAUGAUCGGAAUAGGACGGUACAACCGGGCGAUCGAGUACUCGCUCCGCGUGCUCGGCAUGACGCAAAGCCAUCGGCUGAAGCACCGCGCGUGGAUGCUCGCCGCCAUUGCCUAUAUGCGGAAGAAGAACUUCAAGAAGGCCUACGAUUGCGUGCUGAAGAUCUUCUCGGAGGGAAAACUCGACGAGGUGAUGCUCGAGAACGUGGCACUGCUCGGACUGAACCUGGCCCAUUUAAUGGGCAACUCGGACCUGUCCAAACGGUUCACGCUGAUGCUCGGACGCAUCGUCUACUGA